AUGGCAAUCUGGACAAUCAAUCAUAAUUACCCAGCUCAAACACUGGGGCAAGAGUCCAUCACAAUAGAAUUACAAGAUGAAGUUGUACUGGUAAACAACAAAGAGGUACAAUACCAACAACAACUACAGAAGAGAGUAGAGUCCACCCCAACACGGUCAAACGACCAGAUGGAGUUGGUGGCCAAGUUCCAAUACGGUAGACAUAGAUAUACCAUUGCCAGAGGUCCAAUGUUUCCAUUCUUUGGUACCAACACCCAACUAUUAUGUGAUGGUAUCAAUGUAUUGAAUUGGAACAGUCAGGAUGCUGUGGUGGAGGAAGAGGAAUCCUCAGACAUGUCCAAGAGAAGGUCAAAGAUCACAUUUGGCACCUGUAUAUUCUUCAUAAUGUUACUGAUAUCCCUUGUGACUAUUAGAACAUAUACAUUACUGGCCUUAGGUGCCUAUGUCCUAUUAGUAUCAGCCUACUUCCAGAGAAAGCAUUAUAAUAUCACAUUGGAUCAUUUUCCAUUCCGUCAACAUUUACAACAACCUUUAUUAAUACAUUCAUUUCGAGGAGACCAACAACAACAACAUACCUCAACAACAUCCUCCUCUACUAUUUCACAACAACAACAUCAACAACAUCAAGAGGAAAUCACUGUUGUAACAAUCAAUCAAUCAUAUGUAUUAUCAGAUAGUCAUUAUGAGAUUGGUAGUCGAUUGGAGUCCACAACAAAUCAAGGACAUGGAAAUAGAACAACUGCCAAUGAUGACAGUUGUAGAGGUAUAAGAUACUCACAUCAUGGAGUUGGAGGUAUUCAA